UUUGAUAUUUGUGUAUACUGUUUUAAAUCAUAUUAAUGUGCUCGAUUAAUUUUAAGCGUUUUUGAAAUGUUUCUCUGUGUGCCUUUAUUUUCUCUCACAAUAAAAUGAUUCAAGCAAGUACGAAAUUUUGGAAGGAGUCCUGUCCGUUUUCUAAACGCCAUAUUGGCGUUGUAAUAAUGAAUAUAUUUACACGCAAUAACACUUCUUUAUGAAUGCAGGGAUAAUACGAUUUACACUGAAGAUAAGGAAAAUUGCUUCUGAAAAGAUUUAACACGUUCGAAGAGUGAAGCUAUGUGGCAAACAACGGGAACAGGCUAGAUUGGUAUGGAGAGGGUUGAUGCUGCAGAGAAGGAGGCAAGUGAGGUUCUCCAUACUCUUUUGUCUGUUGAGCGUGUCAAAAAACAAGGUUGCGAAUUACACCCACAUCAGCAACAGGUAGUCGUCAUAGCUUCUAAGGAUCCUGUUGGUCCCACACAAACUGGUAACUGCUCAGCUGCUCAUCGGCAGAUACAAGAUGCUACUGGAGUGGUGCAGUGGCACACGCCUGUCACAACUGUCCAACAAACAUUAUUCACAGACUUGCAUGAGGUGACUCCUCAGUUCACAACACUCACCAGAGAACAAGUCAUAUGGCAAGGACAGGCUAUCGAGCUGGAACAUCAACAUUUAGCAGCACAGCAGCCAAUCAGUACUGUUACACAGACCAGUGAUGGUCCACUAACAGAAUACACCGUUUCAGUGCAGCCACCUCCACCGCCACCACCACAACAGCCACCAUCGCCACAACCACCACCUCAACUGCCACAGCAAGAAGCAGCUGCAUUGUCAGAUCCAAAGAGGAAAGCCGCAAAAACUAAAAAAAAAGGUGAAAAGAAGACAGAGAAUCCAAAGAAGAAAAGUAAAGUGGUAGCGUCAGUAGACGUGGAGGCUGCACCCACACAUUUGGAGGAAAAUGCUCAAGAAGUGCGAGAAAGGUUUGAGAAAGGUUGUGACUGCCAGGAACAGAACUGCUUCAAGGGCCUGAGUCCUGAAUUUGUGUACAGGCACCGACUGAACAUUGCUGAACUGACUAAGGCAGAACACGACAUGUACCUCAUGGGCGUUACAAUGGCAGUACUCACAAAUCCAGAGGAAACGGUAAGGCAUAAAGAAAGGCGUAGACUCAGGGCUCAGUAUGUAUUCCAAGGACGAAGGGUAUGUUUGGAUGCAUUCCUAUACCUUGAGAACUGUACUCAUUAUCAGUUGAAAAGAAUUCGGAAACAUGUCAUGACACACGGAGUCGCCCCUCGUAUCCAUGGGAAUCAUGGGAAAAGGCCUCACAACACAUUCUCACUGGAUAUCUAUCGUCACGCUACUUCAUUUCUACGUCAUUUUAUUCAGCGCAACAGUCCCGGAUCCAAUUCACAUCAGAAUACAUCAGUUCAGCAUGCAAAUGCUAGCAGCACAAAAUGCAAAUCUAAAUCAACCAUUAAAACACCUCCUCUCUAUCUUCCUGCAGAGAUUACAAAGAAGACAAUUCACAAUGCAUACCGGGAAUACUGUGAACAUUUUGAACCAUCUAUUAAAAUUAUGGGAUAUUCAUCAUUCAGACAUUUCAUGAAAGAACAGUUCCCACACGUCAAAUUUUGUAAAAUAGAAAGUGGAGGCAGUAAACCAGCAUUGAACACAGGCACUCAACCACAGCAACAGACUCAAGGAGGAAGUACUGGCAACCAUACUUCCAUCGAAGUUGAGAUAGUCACUCAACAAGGAACAAAACUUCAGAGUGACGAUACAGUUAAUGUUAUUGAAGAUACGGCUAUACCGCAUCAAGAUCCACAAUCUGCCACUAUCAUAACAGCAAGUGGUGAGGUACAGCAGGUUACUGCAAUACCGGUCGUUGUAGAACAAGAAACAAGUGGAUUGUCCCAUCAGCAGCAGACGGCAUUCAUUGUUGCACCUAUGUCAGAGAUAAUUCAGACACCAAGUAGUGUCGGCACAAUUUCCGACAGCACGUACACAUCUUACCAGUUGAGUGCAGCAGCACCUGGGAGUUAUGCCACUCAUCAGCAGCUAGCUCAAGCAGGUGUUGUAACGGUUGCCUCAGUACCAAACACCUCUACAAAUGCGUAUGGGUUCACAGCGUUAUAGAAAAACAUGUGGUCCAGAAUCAAUUUUAAUACACAACUAGAAAAAUCAAUUAAUGGUUCUCUCUUUGAUCAGGCGUGUAAAGUUUUGCAGUUUUUCCCAUGACCGUACUCUAGCCAUUGCAUUGUUUCCAUACAAUUUCAUUCAGUAACAAGAAAAGUAUCUUUCUGUAACCUGCCAUUAAUUAUAAACACAUACUUAAAAGCAGUAAAUGUUCUAUUUAGUACCAGGCCUAAAGUGGAAGUCUGUAUUCAGAGUGUGGCCAGACUCUAACCUUAAUUUUCUUUCUCUGUGGGUUAUUUAACAAUUCUUUCGGUAUCAAGAUUACAUACAGCAUCCGAUGGUGGGACGAGAGAUGAAUGGUGAAUUAGAAAGGAUUUGGAAGGAAGCAUUUGUGGCCCAGUCAAGGUACUUUUCUGGAAUUUGCAUGGAGGGACCAAGGAAAACCACAGAAGACCUCAGUCAGGAUGGUUGACGUCCCAGCUGAGGUUUGAAUGAGGACCUCCAGAAUCUGGAUCAUUACCUGUAUAAACCGUCCAGGGUGGUGAAAUUAUAAUUAGUGGCCAGUAGCAGUUCAUCUGCUAAAUCUCACGAUAUCAGUAUUUGUGCAAACUAAAUGUUAGGUCUGCAUUCCACUGCCAUGUUGAUUCAUUAUUCUCGAUAAUCUUAUCCUUUUACACUGUAUAAUCUGAGUAACUGAAAAUAUUGUUAAAUGAACAAAGAGUAGCCAGUUUUACAAGACAGCGUGUUUUGAUUUUUGUUGAUGCAGCAGAAGCAGAUUUUUUUUUUUUUUUGUUGAAUCUAGAAAACAUUUUCAAAUUUAAGUUUUAUGUUAUAAUGUGAUAAAUGUUUGAAUAAAUACGACUUAAAUUUUAGCUUGGAUUCAGAUUUUGUUUGAAUGCACUGGCCUAACACACAUUUAGAAAGAAAUAUCCAUUUACGGGCUAUUACUGGCAACAUCACCAUCCUUACAAAGUUAAGGUUGCCAUUUCUGUUUGUCACACUGGACCUUAAUGUAGUUACAUUUCUUACCCAAAAUGUUAGUAAAAGAAAUUCAUGCUCUUAAAUUCUGGUUUAAUAAAGCGAAUUCUUUUUAUCAUUGUCCUGUACAGGUUUUGAGGUUCUCACAGCAGUGGUUACAAAGAGUUCUAUCUUCUCGGUUGUGACACCAUGUAGGCCGCUGAAACUCAAUCGACAUUUUGGAGGAAAAUGUCGCCUCCAUCUUCAUGGUCAGAGAAUAAGCCAGGCUAGAAAUCAGCGUGAAGCCGGUUGACUGUGCUUGCUACCUACUUCACACUGGUUUCUUGUUUGGUACAUUUUUUACCCUGAAGAUGGAUGCAAAAUGUUUCCUUUCAGUGGACUACAUGGCGUUAUAUCGCAGAAGGCAGUUCAUCAAGUUGCAAUAACUUCUGACACAAUCAGCAAAUAUGAUCAAAAAUAAACUGUUAAAAUUAUUAGUUUCUUUGUGUGUGUUAUCUGAGUGAUAUGAAGUGUAUCUUGCUAUAAAUAGCUACCAGUGUUCAUGGGAAAGCAUACAAGAUAAAAUGUGCUUAGGAAUGGAGAAAAGAUUGUUUUAAAAAAUGUGUUUGGGUAAAGCACAGCUCUGCAUUAUGGAAAGGAUGUUGUUUUGAAAAAUGUCUCCAUAAAAUUCUGUAAUGCAAAACCAAUUUUUCCAUGUUAUAAUGUGAUAAUUUGAAUUUUUUUUUUAGUCAACAGUUGUAAUGUCAACACACUUCAUCAAGUUUUUAAUCAAAUCCUUGCUCUUUUACGUGCACUACUUGAACAUGAUACCUUUAUUCUAGAUAUCUCAAAUAAGGGUAAUACUGUA